GCGCCGAGGCCAAUCAACGAGUAAUGGCCCGCCGAUUGCUAAAAAUGGCUGGCUCUUCUGAGCUCUGUUAGCCCCCUUUCGCUUGUCCUCUCUCUCUUCUACCCCUUUUAAUUUUCCCUAGCUCUUUCAAUUUCAUACUCCUUCGCUAUCCUGCCGGCUUUUUUCUGUGUGGAACGGGUGUUGAGCAGACAACGGCAAGCAAACUACAGCUUCCCUUUCCUUUCUUUUUUUGCUCUGAAUUUUAUAACAGCGUAGAAGCGGAUGCUCAACAGAAUUCUCGGCUCGACUCUGUAAUACCUUCUCUGUUCUCCUUUCUCCUUUCUCUCUUUCCUUCUCUUUAUUAUUCUCUUACAUAUGGACCACGCUGCGCUUAAUUACCGCAGCACAAGAGAGCGAGACGCACAGUCCCGACAAACCACCAACGCUGGCCAUCCGGUCCCGAUACAAAUAACAGACAUGCGCUUUAAUAGCGUUCAGGACAGCGGCGACCGGAGUGGUGAAACCAGCAGCUCACAAUACUAUUCGCCAGCCGUCAGUCCGCCUCCAAUGCCUGCAGAGCUGCAGCACCACCAGCCAGAUAGCGCAUUGAUGCAUGUCAGCAUACCCGAGCACCACCCAUACACAGCGGCGGACUUCAAUGAGUCGCCCAGCCCGAGCGUCAGAUCGACUGCGGGCAAGCCGCGGUCAGCAAAGUUGAGUCGGAACCCACGCGGCGAGGUGGGUGUUGCCAGGCGCGUGGACCCCGACGCCGCUGAUGCUGCUGCGAGUCAGGUGCAGCAUGGCGAACCAACACUAGCAUCACUGAUAACCAACGAUACGGGCCAGCCACUAUACAUUGAGGUAGGCAUGCGCUCCUACAGCGGCGGCCAGCGACUAAAGUCGGCAUCGGCCAGCGGAUUCUACUCCGAGCCCGCGUCCUCCGCCGUAUCGCCAGUUAUUUUUGCCCCGCAGCCCUUCAGCAGCGGCUGGAAUGCCGGCGACCCGCGCUCAGCAUCGGUCGACGUGACCAGCCAGCUGCAAAUACAGCAUCAGCAGCACCAUCAGCAGCGCAGUAGCCGCGGACUGGGCGCUGAGAAUGAGCAGUUACUGAUGUCGCCUCAGCGCAUGGGGCCGAUGCCUCAGCGGCAGUCAAUGUACAGCGACGAGUUCCCCGACAACAGCAACCACAGCAACAUCCGGCAGCCCAACAAUCCGUCGCCUAAUGCAACAUCAAUCUCGGCCCAGUCGAUGACAGGGGCCUCGACUGCGUUCUCGUUCCAAAACAGCCAGCGGUCACAGUCGCAGAUGCAGUCGCAAUCUCUGACCCUCGCCACCAACCGGUCCUCGACUUCAAACAGUAAUCACAACACAGCCAUCGGAGGCAGCCGCGACAGCAUGUUCCUUCGUCUCAAAGAGAAGAUGAAAGCGUUCAAACCAAAGUCCCGCCCGCAGAGCGACAAUCUGUCUGACAACAAGGCUGUGUUUUUCGCCGGCAACGGGUCGUCGCUGGGGCCGCCCACGACCGCCAUGAACAGCAAGCCCUACUUGGGUACCAGCAGUAAGUGCAGCUUUUUUUCUCUGGACCACCCUCAUCGUUGCUUUCUACAAGGUGCGACGGAGAGAGGCCAGCGCUCGUGCAAGUCCCGCCCUCCCCACAUCACGACGGGCAUGCACAACCCGCAUAGCCCGCACCGGCUGUUUUGUUUUUGUUUUUUGUUGGCUUUUUGGGGAGGCUGCUGGCGCUGGCCACGAAGAGGCGCGGGGGGUUCAUUUCUAUUGUUGCUGAAUUAUGCGGCGAAUGGCUCCCUUUCCGUGCAAAGGAGGGGCCCGUGUUUAUUGCCAGGUCCUGUUUGUGCAUUGUGCCUGCCUUUGUGCAAGCCUGGACAGGCGCCAGCCGUGUAUCUGGAUAAAUGCAGUUUGCAUUCCAUGCGUGCUCUAGAAUGGACGCCUAGCCCUGGAGGGGCCAUGUGCGGACACCCCCCGUGCUUCGCACGCCCUGACAAUGGUUGUCUGUCCGUCUCUCCUGCAUGCCGGCUGCCAAGCACAAAAGUCUAAAAAUAUCAACCCCAUUUAUUUCCGUUUAUAGAUCAGGCAUCGGCGAACACGCUGUUUGGCAUGGCGCUGGCACGGGCCACCAUGAUUGCGGGCGUGCCCGUCGGAUGCGUUUCGGAAACAGGCGAGCCUUGCAUUGUGCCCACAGUAGUG